UUCUUUAAUAUGUAAUACGAUAAAUAGCUCAAUCACUCGUCGUUUAUAUAAUCCUUGUCAUUGGCUUAUUUUCCAUAUUCAUGGGUACGCUUGUUUCGUUCUAAUUAUUCUAUAAAAUUUUCUCUGCUACCAAUUGAGAACUUUACGCGACGAGAUGUACUGCGAUCUGUACGGCAUUCACGAUACGUGCUACAUAGAUGCGUUAUAGUUUCAGACCACGAGGAUUAAAAACACUUUGCGCGUUACACGAGCGAAUACGUUUCAUUGUUUAACCUUCUUUUAUCGUGUCAACAGAAACGUGAAAUUAAUAUAGAAAUUAUUUAAAUUCGAGUGCAAUAAUUAUUUUCAUGCGAAAGUAAGGGUAUUAUUAUGAACCUGGAUACCCUUCGUGCUCUGUUACAGAUGACAACGUAAUAAAGAAUUAUAAAUAAAAUUUUUAAUAAGAAAAAUAUUAGCGGUCGUUCUAUGGUUUGAAGUAGAUGACUGAAGAUGAACGAUAUAGAAAGCAUAAGCAUGAAAGGCACCGGGGGAUCUAAAAUGCCUCACAGUCAUUCGACUCCUGCAGGUGUGGAUGGAGGUAGUAGAACUCCUCCCACGACACCUAGGAAAGCUGGAAAAAUGCUUGCCGUUCGUGUACAAAUGUUGGACGAUACGAUUACAAUGUUUCAAGUUCAGGCAAAAGCAUUGGGCAGGGUGUUGUUUGACCAAGUUUGCAAACAGCUGCAUCUUUUGGAAGCUGAUUAUUUUGGUCUCGAAUAUCAGGAACCUAAUGGAACGAAAUAUUGGUUAGAUUUAGAGAAGCCUGUUUGUAGACAAGUCGGAUUGUCGUUAAUCGAUCCUCUUUUGAGAUUCUGUGUGAAAUUUUAUACACCCGAUCCAGCACAAUUGGAAGAGGAGUUUACUAGAUAUUUAUUCUGUCUUCAAAUCAAACGAGAUUUAGCUCAAGGUUUAUUGCAAUGUAACGAUAAUACAGCAGCUUUGAUGGCCAGCUACAUUGUCCAGGCCGAAUGUGGGGAUUAUGUAAUAGAGGAUUACCCGGAUCACACUUAUUUGUCGACUUACAAAUUUGUGCCUCAUCAAGAUCAAGAAUUAGAACGACGCAUUAUGGAAAAUCAUAAAAAACACGCAGGUCAAUCACCGGCAGAAGCGGACCUCAAUCUCUUAGAGACAGCACGUCGUUGCGAGUUGUACGGAAUGAAAAUGCAUCCGGCGAAAGACCACGAGGCUGUACCCCUGAAUUUGGCAGUGGCGCACAUGGGGAUUGUAGUUUUUCAAAAUUUCACCAAGAUAAACACAUUCAGUUGGGCGAAGAUUCGGAAAAUCAGUUUCAAAAGGAAGCGAUUUUUAAUCAAACUUCAUCCAGAGGGUUACGGUUACUACAAGGACACCGUUGAGUUCUUCUUCGAGGGUCGCAACGAGUGCAAAAAUUUCUGGAAGAAGUGCGUGGAGAAUCACGGAUUUUUCCGUUGUUCGGUGGUGAAACGAGUGGUGCGACAGAAAACGCGGGUUCUUAGCCGUGGCUCGUCCUUUAGGUAUAGCGGGAAAACUCAAAAGCAAAUCGUCGAGUUCGUGCGGGACAAUUACGUAAAGAGGCAGACGUUUCAAAGGUCCAAUUCGUUCCGGCAGACUAGCGGUGGUAGGGCAUUGCAGGGCUUGGAGGGGGGAGGCUAUCGUGGGGCCACUCCAAGCAGCUCCCUUAUGGGCAGCUCCAGCAUCUCUGCCCACCCCCUCCUGCCCCUCGGCGAUCCUGCCCUGGAAACCCCAGCUCUGUCUCUGUCAUGCGGCUCGAUGACACUGGAUUCUCCGACGACUGUGACGAGUGUCUCGAUGGGAGGGACGAUUCACCGUCGCGAAGACACAGCUACGUCGUUUCGGACACUUACCUCCAUCGACGUCCAUUCGCCGGCCACGCCCAGCCAGGUCCCAGCGCCACGGCAGAUGCUUGUUACCAGCCAGCAACGGAUUUCAACAGCAGGUCGUAUCAGCCCCUCUAACAGCAGUCCUCCUGAAUUCCCACCACCGCGACCCAUACCCAGACAUCCCUGGCAGCGAUCGGCCAGCUGCCGCGAACUGUACGCUUCUAGUUUCGAGGAUUCGGGGAAAGCGCGAUCAAAGGACGAGAAACCAUCCGGUGAUUCCGUAUUGUUAGAGCCGUUCCGGUUGCCGUCGCAGGGCGAGCUGGACAAUCCCGUGACGCGUUACGACGAGAGCAAUCGGUCGUACAGCGCCGCCAGCUCGAAGCUGCCCUCGCUGGAUCACGACUCGGUGCCCGAGCGCGUAUACAGCAGCUCUUAUCCGGGCACCUCGUCGUUGUCCACCGAGUCGGGCCACGAGGAGUCCGGCCAGGCGGGCGAUUUGUCGCACGACGAUCUCUCGCACGAUUCCUACGAGCUUCUCGAGCGCGAGCACGAAUUCGAGUAUCCCGAGUCGUAUUCAAGCCCCCGCGACGACGACGACGACGACGACGACGAUGACGAUGAGAACGAGCCGAUCUCGGACCGUAGCGACGAAGGAAUCGAGCACGAGAUGUUCCAGAUGGACUCCGAGACCGAUUCCUUCGUCAAGCACAGAUCGAUCAAGUCGUCGGACAAACAGCAGUUCAAGUCCGUGCUGGCGGAUUUGAAGAACGCCGCGAGAACGAAAUCCAUCGAUCGGUACUCGGCAGCGCCCCCUAAGCCGGACGGCGAUUACGUGACCGUCGAGUCUAGAAUACAGCGAUCGAGCACGCAGAUCGAACGGAAGUUCGAGACGCGUCACGCGAACUCCGUCGAGCUGCCCGCGCAACCGACCGGGAACAAGCUGUUGCCCCUCCCCCAUCAGGAUUCCGCGCGCAAGGACCCGGUCGUGUUGCAGGUGCAGAAGCAAAAGAUGUCGGUGUUGAACGAAUUGAGAAACCUUAAGCCCAAACAUAAAAUCACGCACGUAGAUUCGGAGGUGUUGCGCGACGAGGGCAUAAUGCGCCCGAAGUCGCGCAUAGACGACGAUCUGAGCCCCGUGGACUCCACCAAUCGUACGAUACUCGACCAGAGGGCGCGCAACGUUCGGGUGCGCAGCAUCGCGAGCCUCGAGGAACACCACGCGCCGCGCGCCUACGUCGAGACCGGUAGCUUGGGUCGCGGUUUUAAGAGCAGGGAUAAAAAGUUACGCGAGAGCGACGCGAAGCUCGAGAGAACGUUGUCGAAGCUGCAAGACAAGGAUCGAAGGAGCGUGGAACGCGAGGAGAGGAAACGAAUCGAAAGAGAUUACUCGAGGGACUACGGGAAGAAAAUGGAGAAGAGCGACUCGAGGGAGCGGAGGGACGGUCACGGUAGACGCAGCAUAGACCGCGCCGAUUUGCGGGAACUGAGGAGAAGCAUCGAACGGUUGGACGUUCGAGAGAGAAGCUACGAGCGCCACGGCGAUCCGCACGAGCUGCGCCGCAAGAGCUUCGAGCGUUUGGACUCGCAGGCUCUGCGCGGCAGCACCGAGCAUCUGAACAGAAGCCCGAAGGAGCGCGGCCAUCGACGCUCCGAGUCCAGGGAGCGACGCGAGAGGAGCGUGGAGCGUCUGGACUCGAAGGAGAAGAGAAAGAGUCCCGGGAGCAGAAGCAACACCAUCGAUUACGAUCAGAGACACACUUUGGAGCGUUUCGAUUCCGGUAACAGGAGCCCGUUCGAGCGUCUGAGCUCGCGCGAGCAACAGCGCGGCAAGAGCGUGGAGAGGCUGGACUCGCAGGAAAGACCGACCUUCGACUUCGAUCCGGUGACCAUCGAGCGUCUCAAGUCGCUGGAGCGCUGCAACUCGAAGGACAGAGGCUACGAGCGCAAGAGCCUGGAACGGCUGGAGUCCCGCGAGCGGCGCCACUCGCGCGGCAGUAGGCGGAGCCUCGAGAGCAUCGAGCAAGUGGAGGGGAAGGACGGCAGGAAGAGCAAGGCCAGAGCGGAGAAAGUGAAGUCGGAGGAGAGGCCGCGAGAGAGGGACGAUUGGAGGAGCUUGGAGAAGGCGAGGAAGGACGAGGAGAAGAGGGAGAAGGAACGUCAGGCGAGGCUGUCGCUGGAGUCGAGGACGGACACGGUGAUAGGCGUGCCGUUGGAGUUGGAGAACCUCAAGUCGAAGACCGUGUUCACGGAGUACGAGCCGAAGAUCGUGGGUGGCGUGGUGCUAGGGUUCGACGACACGAUCCCUGGCCACACGCCCGUCGAGAGGACGAAGAGCGACCCGAAUCCGGCGCGACAGCGACUCGGAUCGAACAGCAAACGGCACAUACUGAUGCACCAGAAGUCCAUCGACCUGACCACCGCCGAUUCCGGCGACGAGGACCCGUUCUCGGACAGCGCUGCUGUACAGAAAACGAACAUGGAGAUCCCCUACACUCUGCACAAGCGUCACGUGAUGAACGGCACCGCGUCCGCGUCCGACGAGAAGUCGGAGUCCGACAGCGGGAAAACAUCAAAGAAGUCGGGCAGCGCCAAGGAUUUGCCCAAGUUGCCGCUGAAGAUGAUCACGGACAUCUCGUGUUUCGAUCUGAGCAAACUGUCCUCGAUAGACAAACCCGGCAACAAACACUCGCCGGACAAGACGAAGAGCGCCAGCGUCGCUAGGCCCAAGUCGAUACUGAGCCCGUCGGAUAAACCCAAAAGCAUCCUCAGUCCUACGUCGAAGCUGUCGCCCACCGACGCGAAGAGUAUUUGCAGCUACUCGCCCACGAACAGGAGCCCCUCCAAGGCGAAGUCGCUCGACAGAGCCAGGACCACCGAGAUCGUAAUCGAGGACCACGCGUGCAUCAAGUCGUCCAGCCUUGACAAGAAACCGUCGCCGUCGAAGCUCUCGCCCAUCGAGCCCAACGUCACCAUCGUCACUACCAUCGAGAAACGAUCGCCCAAGGCGUCGCCCACUGACCCGAACAUCACCAUCGUGUCAGUGAUACAGAAGAAGAGGUCCCCGGACGCGUCCAAGAGCUUUGGCGGACAGAGGUCGUUGGACUCGAAGGCCAAGGCGCUGAACUUCGCGGACGUAGUCGGGAUGGAGAUGAAGAUGAAGCUGGAGCGCAAGGCUAAAUCGUCGGAGUCGGAGAAGGACUGUCUGAAGGCGCCCGAUGAUAGUUUAGAGAAGCAGGACAGCAUCGAGAAGAUACCUCUGCCGGAGAUUCCGGUACCGAUUACCAAUGCAGUGGAAGAGACGAAGGAAACGAAAGAAGUAAAAGAAGUCGAGGAACUAGCGAUAGUGGAAGAAAAGCCUCCGGAAGAGACCACUGCUACGCAAGAGGAAAAGGAGAGCAAGGAAUGCUUGCUGUCGACUCCGACAGUCGUGGUAUCUGAGAAGCCAAAGAUCCCCGAGAAGCCAAAGAUCCUUGAGAAGCCAAAACUACCCGAGAAGCCGAAGAUUCCCGAGAAACCAAAGACCCUGGAGAAGCCAAGCAUUCCCGAGAAGACGAAGCGAAUCCUGGAGAAGAUCGAGUCGAAGUUUUCCGAGGUGAACAGGAACUCUGUGACCAGAGUGACCAGGCCUAAGAUCAUCGACACGGGGUUCGACGAUUUCGUGGAUCCAGUCGCCGACCUGCCUCUGGACGAGAUACCCGUGAAGCCAGCUUUGGAAUUGGACAGUUUGAAGGUGCCGGAGUUCGUUCCUUUCAUGUCGAGGCCGCACGGGGAGCCUCUGCGGUCCAAGUCGCUGUCGUUGGCCGAGGAGAAAGCGCCCAUCGACACCCUCCUUUCGCCGGAGGUGGAGAACAAGCAUUUCGUGCCGGACGUGUCGCCCAAGAAAGCGAAGAAGGUUAAAUCAGAAAUGAAAAAGGACUUCAAGAAGCAGUCCAAGUCGCUGGAGGGCGACAAACCGCCUAUGAAGAAAGUGGGCUCCAAGGAGUCCCGCGCGCCAACGCCCAGCUCAAAGAUCGACAAGUCCAAGCUAAAGUUGGGCGAGAUGCCGCAGGAGAUCAUCAUCAUCGACUCGACUGACGUGGCACCGGAGGUAAGCAUAGUGCAGAAGGGUAGAUCGAAGUCCGUGACCAGGCUGCCCGAGAAACCGUGCGUUGCGGCAAAGGAUGAGAAGGAAGAGACCAAACCGCGUACGAAAUCCGCGUCCGUGGACGACGAUAUGAUCAAAGUCGCCAUGAAAACCGAGAAGGCCAGGCCCAAGUCUCUGGGCAUCUCCAAGAGCCUGGGCAGCACGGAAAAGAAGGACUCCACGGAGAAGAUUUCGCCGAAACGAAUGAUCGCGAGAGUCAAGUCAGAGAUUAAAUCGCCCACCUCGGGGAAGGACGCGCCCAAGCAGGAGUCGAAAACGUCACGCAAGGUGGAGCCCAAGUCGGACGCGGGCGACGAGGAACAGUCGUUGCCAGAGCAGAGUCGAAUCGCGCGGGAAGACGAGGCCAAAGCGGACGCGAAAAUGCCCGAGGAACAGAUGCAACGGGUCACCGACGCGACCAAGGAGCCCAAAGAGUCCAAAGACGCGAAGGACGCGAAGAAAACAUCACUCGCGCAAGACCUGACGGAGGUGCCGGUCAUUCUGCGCAAGCCUGGUCAGACGCCGAUCCUGUUCGCGCGUGCGCGGCUCGGGCUCUCCGAGGGCAGCGGGAUCGGCGCGCUGCAGCGACAAGGCGCGACGCAGUCGCCGACGUCACAGAGGCGAGCCAAGUCUCUGGACGCGGCGGUGAUCGCGGUGCACAGGCUGCCGCCCGCCAACGCGUUCUCCAGCAAGGACGACACCGUGGACAUGUCGGAGGAUCGGGAAGACCAGAACCAGGGUCAGGAUCAAAAUCAGAAUCAGAAUCAGAAUCAGAGUCAGGAGAAACAGGAGAACGUCGCGUCAGAGAUCCCCAACGCGUCCAAGCCUCAAUCGGUUCAGACGGUCGAGGCGUCGCCCAAUCAUAGAUCCGACAGCACCGAUCACACCACCGUUCCGGAGAUCUUCACCGAUUCUCUGUCCGUCACCGAGACCUCGGCGCAAUACUUGGAAUCGCCGUUGACCGAGUGCAACGAGAUCAUCGCCGCGACCGUGGAUCUGAUACCGUACGAGAGGGACAUGAUGGUUACGGAGACCAGGGAUCAUCAGACAGCGUUGGAGAGCGUCAGGGUGGACGAUAGAACAAAGUUCAUAGAUCAGAGUUCCGUGGAGUCGAGUGGUCCUGAGCAAGAAGCUUGUCAGACCGAUAGAGCCGUCAGACCUGAUAAAAUCGAGCUCGAAAUCGUCCCGCCAACGAAGGAGAGAGUCUCGGAUGACCUGGACGAAAAGAUCGACGAAGUGGAAUCCGAGGAGAAACAGAGCUCGCGACCGGAGUUCGAAGAGUCCAUCGAGAGAAGGCCUAUGGAGAGGGACGAUCUGCCCGACGUAACGGUGACGGUGAGCGCCGCGCGAGAGGACUACGAGUGCUCCAGAUCGAUCGACUUCGAGGAGAAUCAGGAAAUGGUCAAGUCACCGAUUCAGAUCUCCAUCGAGGAGUGCUCCGACGACGAGGUGGUCCAGAGCGACGAGCAGGAUUACCGAGACGCCGAGGAGCAAGAUGGCGACGACAAUCGUCCGUUGGACUCCGCGGACACCAGCGAGGACACUUUGGACGCCUUGGACACGCAGGUUCACACGAGGGACGUGGACAGCGAGUUGAGCUCCCCGGACUACGGCGUGGAUAAAAUGGACGAGAAGACUCUGGUGGAGGUGGAGUUGACGCCCGAGUAUCUGGAAAUGAGAAGAGAGGACGACGAGGACGCCGAGGAGUUGCCCGAGGACGAGCCCGAGGAGAGGACGAAACGGUCGCCAGACACGGCUACCAACAUCGUGAAUCGGUUGUCGAUCGACAGGAAGCUCAGGCUGAGCAGCGAGCGUUCGAAGAGCGAGGAGACCAACACUUGGACGCCCGAUCGCGAAGACCCAGAGUCCAGUUCUUGCUCCAUCGCGCGACCCCUCGGUAUUGGCCAGAUCCAGCCAAUAGUAGAUCGUCGAGAGAUCGCGGCGAUGAGGGACGCUCGCGGCGGGGGCGGGUCUCUGGAAGAAGAGAACAGCAGCGGUUCUCAGCCUGGGUUCAGGCCCGAGAUGAGCUCGACCUGGAAAUCGUUCCCCCUGGAGAGCUCGGGUAGCUCGAGCACAGAGGACGGUUGGGUGCCGCAGGACGAGAGCAACGCCGUCCAGUCGCAGUCCGAGGACAGCAACGGACAGAACGAGGACAGUUUCCAGGAGGACCUGGCCGAUUUCCCGGGGAGCUUCAUCUACCCGAUCGGGCCAGAUAUCCUGACCAGCUGCGGAACGUUCGCGUUGACGCGCACGCUCUCGAGGAUAUCCGAGAGGUCGACGACAUCGGAGCAGGACAAGAGCGACCUGGAGGACUCGUUCAAGCCCAGCUCGAGGUCACCGAGCCUGGACGACGAGUCCUUGAUGUCCAGCGAUCAUCAGCCUUCCCUGUCCUCCGAUCCACCGUCCGGGACCGCUCUGCCAUCUGUUUCGGACGAUCGUCGUACCUCGUCCGAGCUCCCGGACAUCCCCAUAGACGUCCUGGGCCAGGACGAGGACGCCAGAUCGCCGAAAUCGGCGGGCAGAUCGAAGCUGCAGGCGCAGAGCUCGGAGGACUGGCCGUCGCCGCCGAGUUCGCCGGUCUUCGAGCCGCCCGUGGUCAGCCACGUGGAAACGUUUUACAUGGAGAUCAAGCCCGAGGAGGCGGUGAAGGUGACGGUGACGGACAGCACCGAGACCCCGGGCCGCGUGGAUCGCGACAGCGACUCCAGCGACGAGAACAGGACCCUGCACGACGACCUGCACUCCACGUUCUUGGAGGACGGACAGAGCUCCACGUCCGCGACCACCGUCGACGGGACGGUGAAGAUAGUCGUCAAGCCGAAAUCGAACUCGUACAUCACCGGUUCCUCUCACAGCGAGGACACGUCCAUGGGUCUGUCCAUGUCCGAGUGGUCCAGCUCGAACAACACCGUUCGCCAGUUUUGCCAGUAUUCCGGCACCAAAUCCGACGACAACUCCCUGGCGGAGCUGGGCGCCUCCAUCUCGGACUGGUCGGGCAGCACCACCGUGAUCCCGCAACAGUAUUACUCGACCAUGACGAUCGAGAAGAGCCAGAGCGACACGACCACCUCGGACAAGAGCGUCACCAGCAUGAGACCCAACUCCAAGUGCAGAACGGUCGACAGUCCUACGCCGGAUCCGUCCUCGCCUCCAUUGCCUUUGCCUCCGCCAUCGCCGCCACUUACGCCACCGCCCACCAUCGACGAACGAGGCGGUCCGCUGUUCGACGAGGACGUAAAACAGGACACCAACCGUGCAGUCACGCACGAGCAACUGGACGAGGCGAGGAGGUUCAUCGAGAGCCAGUUCGACGAGCAGCGCCGUCGGUACGAGGAGGAGCAACCUGGUACUAGGUCGUACACCGACAUCUCGCCACCUAGGAUCACGUUGCAGAACGAGUUCGACGAGACGGUCGACGACGAGUUCCGAGUUAUGUCGGACGAUGGCGAUACGCCGCUCCCCAUCUUGGAGGAGGAGGAGGAGCUCGACGAGGAGGAGGAGGAGAAGCUUUACGACAACGUGCCAGCGAUGAAGUACUCGGUCGGCGAACAGAUACGAAUGGAGGUGGGCCGUGGUGAUAGCUCGGAGGACAUGCACGAGAAGUACGCGGACAUGGCGUUGGGCCCCCGUCCGCCGCAAGACGACGAUUGGUCGUUCGAGGACGAGAGGGACGCGAUCGUCGAGAAGGAAAAGAGCAGACCGAUGGCGAAGUUCGAGCGUGGCUUCUCCGAGCCGACGGAGACCGCGAGGUAUCACGAGACCAGAUCCACCGAGCGUCCCGUGGUCGUUCCCAUCCGAGCUAAAUCGACGCCCUAUUACUCGACGACCAGCCUGAGCGGCGAGUCUACCACCUCCAGCCCCCCUAUGCAAAUCAGGACGCAAAUACGUACGAAAACGAUGCCUUACCCAUCGAGCCGAAGUCCCCAGAGCGAGGGCGAGACGUCCUCCAGCAUGGACAGUCCCGUGCACACGCCAGUUCGUGGCCAGAUAGCCGUCCGUCGAAGGAGACGGGAGAACUUGAAGAGGCGGCAUCGGGUGGUGGUCGAUCUCGAGGUGAAAGAUCGUCAGAUCGUUUCCAGCACCGACUCGAGCUUCGACGUCGCCACCAUACCCCCGCCUCUGCUCGCCGAACGUCCGAGUCCCGACGUAGACGAGGACGAGGACGAGUACUCGGUGGCCAAAGACGAGCAACGAGAGAAUACGAACAGACGUCAGCAGCGUUGAUGGGACACUACUUGAACCCGAACAGCCUUACUUGAUUCUUUCGUCGACGGUAACGAAACUGGGAUGGCCGUGAACGUCGGUACGCUCGAUAUAUGCUGGAUCAGUUCGCUGAAUUUAGCCAGGGUUGCGUCUUUUGGUUCCUCGGUGGCAAGGGGUGGGUGAGGUGCGGUCGGAAUUGAGCGCACGCGUCGAAUUGAUAGACUUAUAUUCCUUCGUUAACGCGUUCCGUGUCGGCGAUCGUUCUCGCGUUUGCGUUCGCGGUCGAGAGUUUGGACAAACGGAUGCCAACCCGAGAUCGAUCGCGGCCCCCCAACCGAUCUUUUCGGCCCGAUCGACGUCGACGAGAGGAAAUUCAAACUUGCGAACAAUCUAGUCUAACGUAUCGUGGUUAAGAGAGUAAUUAGUACGUUUGUUACACGUUUUAGAAAUUCGAUUUACUUUGAUAUCGUCGUUAUCACGUAGAGGCACUUGACGUGCCGCACUUAACGUAUGAACGAUCCGUCUCGAAGACACGAAUCGAACACCUAUUAACGAUACUAGUCUAUAAAAAAUUUACGAUGAUACACGGUAAGAAACGAACGAACGAUUCAUACGCCUCGUGCACGCAAGUCCAUUCAUUCUUGCGGUUUGAGGGAAUUUAUUGCAUAUGGUAUGGUCUGGGUCAGGAAAAUAACAUACUGGACACAUUAUCUUCUAACAUAGGUCUUCCACGAAACACCGUUAUAAGUUGUUCAGAAAGUAACGAUAUUCAACUCAAACAAUACGAGAAUAUAAUUUGAACUUGAUAAAUAUUUAUGAACUGUAUCAGAUUUAUGCUCUCAAUAGGAAUCGUACGCGAUAAUUUAACCUAUCGGAGCUAACCUUCGUCGAGGAGUCGCCAGAAAAGAUAACAACGCGCGCCACCUGGCGUUUUGGCCAUGCAACUAAAAACUCGUCCGGGAGACGAAAGAAAUGCGUUUGGCAACGGCGAGAGUAAAUGGGCUCGUGUGUACCGAGAUACGUUUCGAGAUUAAUUUAAGAUUGUGGCGGAUCGAUUGCCGCGUAGCUACGGAAAAUAUUACGUCAGAAUUCUCGGGAGAAAAGGGCCAUAGAAGGGAGUGGCGGUGGUAAGGUUACCGCGAUGCUAUUCGAGUGUAAAGAGAACGACAAUCAUUUGUUGGAAAUAAGAAAGCAUCGUCGGAUAGAAGUUUGUCACUUUUGGUUCGGGAAUCGAAUCCUCGUAUAUAAUUUGGUCGUAGUUUAGUUCGUGUCUCGUUUUAGGACGGAAGACAAGUUGCUCAACGUAGAUACUUAUAUGAAAGAUGAUUCUCGCGUACUUUCGUUGAUAUAUAAUAUAUAUAUAAUGUACGUACAUGUUUAUAUCGUAUGGAAUUGCGAUUCACGGCGCGAGUGACUAAAACGGAACCGCGCGGAAAACGUCGAAACGUUUGUCGUCGAAUUAUAUCCACAAGGUCCGUCUCUUUUAUUUUCGAAUCGAACGGGUAAAACAGAAGGAAAGAUCAUCGAUAUAAAUGGUCUUUCGGAUGCUACUAUUCAACGAAACCUACAAGCAGGUCUUGAAAAGCUCCUUCGUAACUGUUUCGAGAACCUAACCUAUAUCACAACAGUUUUCAAGCUCUGCUUACAAGCAGACCCAACGCAGCUGUUCC